UCUCUCAUUCUCAAUCCCUUCCAACAUUUUCUAAAAAAACACAAUGCCUUCUUUAACAAUUGCUUUAUUUGUGUCACUAUUUGUUUGCUUUGCAAAUGUAAAUGCAAGUCCAAAAUUUGAAGAAUUGUUUCAACCAUAUUGGGCUGCUGACCAUUUUUCAUUUGAUGGUGAAGCAGUCAAUAUGAAACUUGAUAACUUUUCAGGUGCUGGUUUUUCUUCUAAGUCAAAGUAUAUGUUUGGUAAAGUCAAUGUCCAAAUUAAACUAGUUCAAGGUGAUUCAGCUGGCACCGUUACUGCAUUUUAUAUGUCAUCCGAAGGUGCAAAACACCACGAGUUUGAUUUUGAGUUCCUUGGCAAUACAACAGGGGAGCCUUACAUAGUUCAAACAAAUGUUUAUGUUAAUGGUGUAGGCAACAGGGAACAAAGAUUGAAUUUAUGGUUUGAUCCAACUAAAGACUUUCAUUCUUACUCCAUUUUGUGGAAUCAACGUCAAGUUGUGUUUCUGGUUGACGAGACACCAAUAAGAGUACACACAAAUUUGGAACACAAGGGAAUACCAUAUCCUAAGGACCAAGCAAUGGGUGUAUAUAGUUCGAUAUGGAAUGCUGAUGAUUGGGCUACACAAGGGGGUCGGGUCAAGACGGAUUGGAGUCAUGCCCCAUUUGUGGCGUCGUACCGUGGGUUUGAAAUUGAUGGUUGUGAGUGUCCGGUUACGACUGCUAGUUCGGACAAUGCUAAGAGAUGUGCAAAUAGUGGCGGGUGGUGGGACGAACCGGUUUUGUCCGAGUUAAAUGUGCACCAAAGUCAUCAGUUGAUUUGGGUUCGGGCUAACCAUAUGAUUUAUGACUAUUGUAGUGACACCGCUAGGUUUCCCACUGUGCCUUUGGAAUGCGAACACCAUCGUCAUUAGUUGGUUGGGUAACGGAUCCAAAUGAACGUAUGUAAAAAUGAUGAAAAAAAGACAUGUUCUUCAUGUUACAAGUUUAGGGAAUGUAUGAUAACUUUAUUUUUGGUUAA